AUGCCCAAAUCACCAGCAACUCAGUCUCAGCCCAUCUAUUUCUGGAGAGAGUCAGAUUCCCACACGGGAUGGCUCUCACAAUGGUACUACUGUCCAUUCAAGGACGACAAAAACCCAGAGCUCAUCUAUGAGACUGCUGAACACUACAUGAUGUAUCAAAAAGCAAUCCUCUUCAACGACCACGCCGUCGCCGCCAAAAUCAUCGAGCCAGGCCUACAUCCUCGCAAAAUCAAGGCCCUCGGCCGCCAAGUCGCAAACUUCUCAGAGGCGACGUGGAAUGCCAACCGUGAAGCCAUUGUUCGGCGUGGCAACCAUCUCAAAUUCACAAACGCCGUGACGGAAGAAGGAUUCUGUCUUGGAACCUCGGGUGAUAUUCCGCUGUUUAGAAACUCGUUGAAGGAGACGCUGCUGAGGACGGGAGAGAGGGAGCUUGUGGAGGCCAGUCCGUUUGAUAGAAUCUGGGGAGUUGGAUACAAGCCGGCGGAUGCUGAUGCCAAUAGACAAAGAUGGGGUCUCAAUCUAUUGGGAAAGGCAUUGAUGGAGGUGAGAGACAUGUUGAAAGAAGAAGAGAGUAAGAAUGAGAAUGAAGUUGAGUAG